AGGUGAUCUGCCCACCUUGGCCUUCAAAGUGCUGGGAUUACAGGCGUGAGCCACCGUGCCCGGCCACCUCCCUGCUGCAGUUCUAAGGAGCUGGAAGUUUGGGUAGGGGUGGCCCCAGCUGCUACCCCCUCCCUGGAGAGUUUUGAGACUCUGGAAGACACAGGCCGUGGCUGCACAAUGGAAAUAAACCAUGUCACAGUCAUCUUACCUUUGUUACCUGGGAAAAGCGUGCAUCAGCGAGUGUCCCUUCUUGGGUGUAAAUAGAAGAAAUCCAACCCAAUUCAUGUUGGUAGCAGGGGAAAUUUAUUGGAAAAUUGAUGCAACUCCAGGGAAGGCAGGGACACAGCUGCCUUCAGAAACAGCAGGGCCUCUCUUCCCCUCCCUAUCCUUGCUGUCACCAGAGGUGGCUGGGGGACUCUUUAAGGAAUUUUGAAUCUUCAGGUUGAGUUCCUUCCGUGUUCUUUAGGAUAGAGACUGGAACAGCACCGAAUUACCCCCCGGGUGUUAGAACAACACCCCGACAUUUGCAUCCAUCUUGAGUGGAGGGGGCCUCUGCUGAUCAACCUGCCCACUCAAGUUUUUCAGCUAGCCUCUCAUGGAGCCGGACAGUGUUGCUAAUGGGAUCCUGACACCUGUUAUGGAUUGAAUGUUUGUGUCCUCCCAAAGUUCUUUUGAAACCCACGGUGGUGGUGCUAGGAGGUGGGAACUCUGGGAAGUGAUUGGGUCAAGAGGGUGGAGCUCUCACAUUCUCCUCAGCACCUGGGAGACACUGAACGACCGGCUCCCAGGGCCCUUUACUCACCGCCUUUCAGGUUACUGCCGGGACAUUCCAGCUGCUCUGGACGUGGAAGGAAAAGGUGUCAUUAGGGAAUCAGAGGUGACUCGGCCACUUCUGGCUGAGGGAAUUAGGGUAAGAUGCAUCCCCUUCGACCCCUGGAGAGUCAAGCUUGAAGGUUUUGCAGGGUUUGUGGGUGGAUUAAAACCAUGUAACACCUGUUAUGGGCUGAAUCGCAUCUCCUCAAAUCCAUCUGUGGAAAUCCUAAUCCCCAGGACCUCAGAAUGUAUUUGGAGAUGGGGUCUUUCAAGAGGCAACUGAGUUAAGUUGGGGUCAUACGGGUGGACCUUAGUGCAAUAUGGGAAGGGCAGGUUAGACACGGACACAUGCAGUGGGAAGACCUGUGAGGAGGUAGGGAGAGGAUGCCAUCUACCAGCUGAAGAAGGAGGGGAUACGGUUUGGCUGUAUUGCCACCCAAAUCUCCCCUUGAAUUCUAAGAAUCCCCACGUGUCAAGGGUGGGGCCAGGUGGAGGUAAUUGAAUCACUGGGGCAGUUUCCCCCAUACUGUUCUCCUGGUAGUGAAUAAGUCUGUCGAGAUCUGAUGGUUUUAUAAAGGGGCGUUCCCCUGCACAAGCUCUCUCGCCUACCAUCAUGGAAGACAUGACUUUGCCCCUCGUUCACCUUCUGCCAUGAUUGGGAGGCCUCCUCAGUCAUGUGGAACUGUGAGUUCAUUAAACCUCUUUCUUUUAUAAAUUACCCAGUCUCAGGAAUGUCUUUAUUGGCAGCGUGAAAACAGACUAAUGAAUACAGGAGGCCUCAGAGGGCAGCAACCCUGCUAGCCUUGGUCUUGAACUUCCAGCCUCCAGAACAUGAGAGAAUGAAUUUCUUGUGUGAGUCCCCAGUCUGUGGGACAUUGUUAUGGAGACUGAGCUGAUCUGUGCGACCCCCGAAGCCCUGUCCUCACCCCGAGCAGCACACGACAGGCUCGGGAGAUGUCCACAGUGGGCCGGCCGUCCUCACGGAGCACCGCGCCUUGGGCAUGGACACUGUGUCCCUGCUCCACCAGGUCUGCGAGAGACACAGAGCAGCUGGGCUCAGCGUCUCCAGCCUCAUCGCUCACCACCUCUUCCAACCCCGGGCUCUGGUCAAUUCGUCAUCCUGGCCUAGAUUCAAUCAUGUCCCCUCAGAGAAGCUGCCCCACGCACAGGGCCUCCAGAGCCAGCUGCCUGAAGGCAGGACCCUUCCCGACUGUCCUGUCCAGAGGAUCCCCCAUAAAGAUGGCCCCGGGCAGUUCCCCUCUUUCCUGGAGACCUGGAUCCUCGGGAGUCUGGAGGUGCUCCCUGCUGCAUAGCCACAUGGGCAGCGGGAUUUGCACUAUGCUGAAGAUUCUGGGGUGUGUGGUACCUGUACUUGUGUGCAUUCCUCUUUGAGCAAGAGUCAACAUGUAACCGGCAAUAUUUGAACAAGAUGCUAACAGGUCCACUACGUUCUUGUGUCAAUUAAGAAACAAAACCAAAGACGUCCCUGGUACUCCACUGGCUAUGGAAUCAAGGUGACACUCCCUAGGGUGGCAUAAAUCCCUUAGGUCUCUCCAGAACAUUCCAUUCCCGAUAAGCUUCCAGAUAUUUUACACGUGGAGUAUACAUCUUAUUCUUCCUCUCUCCGCUUAGCCUUCCAUCUGCCUGCAGCACCCUGUCGCUCCUCCACUUCUAAAGAUCUUGUGUUCUUCUCGACCCAGUUCCAAUACUGUCGUUUCUGUGCAUCUCCGACUGCCAGGGCCUGUGUUCCUACGCCCUGUGGAAGGGUGCCCAGCGAUCACACUCCCUCCACACGCUCUUGUCUCUUCCGAGCCUUCAAUGCCAUCUUUCGCAGCUUCUGCAGUCUACAAGCCUGGAACUCCGGACCUGACUGUGUAACUAAUGGUGCAUCUCCACUCGAUAUCCAAAGGCCUCUUCAACUCUACAGAACAGAAGCUCGACUUUCUCUAGGUUCUCACAUCCAAGUAAAUGGCACUGCCUUUUGCCCAGUUGUUCAGGCAGCACCUGAAAAGCAUCCUUUAUUCUUCAAUGCCUCCCAUGCUGCGUAUCCACACCAAGCAGCAGGACUGUCUUUUUCUCCAAAACACACCUGGAUGGGGCCUCUCCUGGCCGCACUAAGCCCCUGGGCAUCACGGUCGCCUGGAGUGUGUGGACAGCCUCUGGUGGGCUCCCUGCUGCAGCUGUUCCCGUCCUCUAUUGCACAGAGCAGCCAGUGAGCUUUGGAACACAAAUCAGGGCCUGACACUGCCCUGCUCUAAGCCCCAAGCUCUCUCUUGGCCUCCCAGCUUCCCCAGAACAAAUCCCAAAGUCUCGGCGUGGGCGACAGGCCCACACCGCACAGCCCCACCUACUCCCAGCAGGCCGCAUCUCUUCCUGCUCCCCAAAUGUGACAAGGUUGGCAUCGCCCAUGCGUGUGGGUUUCCCUCUGCCUAGAGCCCUCGUUCCCUGCCAUUAAAAAUGCCUUUAUCCACAUCACUUGGUUCCAGCUCCAAAGCCAUUUACUCAGUGAGGGUCUCCCACCCACUCACCCACUCACCUCACCUUAUUUUUUUCUUCCACACCACUGGUUACCAUCUGCAAUUGAAUGAAAUUAUUUACC